GCAUCUGUUAUUAACAUUUAGUAUUUUAUUCAUUUGAAUUGUACCUAUUGUUGUAUUUCUCUGUUUUCUUUAUAUCAUGUCAAUUCAUUUUUUUGGGAUGUUUAUUUUAAAACUUUUAUUCCUUUAUCUUUCCACUGAUCCGCUACAACUGCUGCAGAGGGCGGCGCGUCGCAGCAUCGUGACGUCACGUUACCUUAGAAACAGAAGCGCGUUAGCUUGCCCUGCUGCUUGAAGCUAACGCUGCUAGCUACCCUUGUUAGCUCAGAGGCUGCGUGGCGUUCCUAAAUCCACGAAGGUCAACGUGUUAACGCGAAGGUCGUGUGACGUCACUUGUAUCUUCCGGCAUUGUACAUUCCCGCGUCACGUUAGGUGUGUCUGCUGAGAGCUCCUGGGAAACUCGGCACGAGCUGCUAGUGCUAACAGGUGGUGCAGGAUGGAGCUGGUGCAGGAGGAGGCUUUGGUGUCGGAGCUGAAGAGGAAGCUGGAGGAUGGAGAUCUGAACCCGGAGCAGAAAGUCCUCCUUCUGACCGACGCAUUGAACAAGACGCUGACCUCGGCGGCCCUGCGGUCACACGCCGCCCCGUUGGCUGCUGGGAAGUCCCUCUUGUACCGGAGCGGCGUUCUGAGUCACUGCGUCCGCCUCCUGACUCCAGAUCCCAGAAGGCCGCGGGUAAACUGGGGCGCCGCCGCCACGCUGGCCGCGCUCACCAGUGCCUGCUGUGUGGGGGUGGACCCUGGGCCUCGCUCUAAGGCCUUUCAUAGGCUGCUCCUGCCCUCACUCAUGGACGCACUCCUCUCAUUGGCCAGUCAGCUGAUGAGGCGGGAAGAGUGCCUGUCUCUCUUCAGGCAGGUGAUGGACUCGGUGGGACGUCUGCUCAGGUCUCACACCUGUCUCACCACCCAGGUUCUCAGCUCCGUCCACUACGAGCACAUCCAGAUGUGUGAGGAUGUCACUGUGUCCCUGCUGUGUGUCCAGAUGUGGGUUCAGACCUGCGCAGCCAGCAGGGACUUUCUGUCCGAGUUGAGCGAUGACUCCGUCUUGUUGCUUCUCAACGAAGCCGUUGGCCAGCUGGCCGUCAGCGGCGACUCUUCAGUGGGCGGGGCCGCCGUCAGAUUGAUCCUCCUCAUGGCCAAUCAGCAGGAGGUCCAGGUCCGGCCCCUCCUCCUCAGCUUCAAAGGUCUGGACAGCCUAUUGGACAAGGACUGGAAGGGGCGGGGCUUUGACCAGGAAGUGGAUCAGCUGAUUGCACUCAUCCAAUCUGACACAAGGAGGCGUCCACAGGUGUGUACUGAGCGUGAGAGGGCGGCAUGUUUGAUCCAAGCGGCCUGGAGGUCCUUUCAGACAAGACGCAGGGUGAAGAGCCUGAACACAGCGGUCAGCAGGCUGCAGAGGAGAUACAGGGCUCGGAGGAGGAGGCAGCAGCAGCAGAAGGAGGCGCAGCAAUGGCAGGAGGAGCUUACGUAUCAGGUGUGUGUGAGGCGUCAGCGGGCGAGGAGGGCCUUCCACCAGAAACAGAGACACCUGCUGCAGCUACUUCCUGCUGACCAGGUGCAGCCCUACCUGAAGGAGUGUGAGUGGCGAGCAGCCGUGUUGAUCCAGAGCUUCUGGCGAGGCUUCAGAGAGCGACAACGCUACAACAACACAACAAGACACGCACACACACAGCAGCAGGCUGCAAGGACGCUCCAGAGAGCGGUGCGUCUCUUCCUGCAGAGGCAAAGAGGAGCGUUGGUCCCGCCCACCACGUCUCUCCUGAUUGGUCAGAGAGGCUUGACGGACAGCCGUAGGUUGGAACUGAAGAGACAGGUGGAGGAGCACAUCUCUCUGCAUCCAUCAUCGCGAGUUUCCCACGAGCAGUGCCAGCGCCUCCACGAGGAGGCGCAGCUGCUGCUGCUGUCGGCACUGCAGGGAGUAGAGCAGCGGAGGAGGGAGGAGCAACGGGUGGAGGUGCUGCUGGCCCACACACACACACAGCUGGAGCUUCUCCGAGGUCUCUUACUCUCACACACACACACACACACACACUCUCUGCUGGAGCUUCUCCUCACACACGUUUCUCCUCUUCCCAUCAGAGGCCCCGCCCCUCGCUGUGGUUACAACGACGGUCGCCGACUCCUUCCUGAGCCGCUCGAGUCUCGUGGCCAUGCGGGCCCGCGACUCCCACAAUGCAGUGCUGCAGGCGCACAGGCUGCCCUGGUGGAGGACUGUGGGGGACACGGCUGGCGGCGUGGACGUGUUUGGCCACGCCCACAUGCCAGAGCUGGAGGCGGAGCUUGGAGGACUGUUUGUAGGUGGGAAGUGAGGUUGACCCGUUAUUACCCGUCUCUGAACUGCUUCACUGCAUUGACCGGCCUCAAACACCAGAGGGCGGCAGAGACUGAAGAAGGGGGCGCUUGGUUUCCUCCUCUGGGCUGCCCUGCUCCCUGUCAACUCCAUCACCAGCACACUGUGAUCUCUGCCGUGAUGUCCCUUAUUCCACUAAACCCUCGGACGUGUUGAUUGGCUGGCGUGUGCGGCCAUUGAUUAUCGAUCGGUCGCCCGGGGUCCCUUACAUAAGCGCUCUGUGUGGCGCCUGUUAGCGACGCUGGAGUCAAACCGGGGGGACGUCUCUGCUGCCGUGUACUUCUGUGAAUACUUCCAUCUGACGGCUAGGAAAACACCGUAAGCUGGUACACGUUGUACUUUGACCUGCUUUGGCGCUCUGGGUCACAUGGCCUCUGUGAGCAGGUUUAGGAAGCAGAACCCCAUUGAGGAGACGGCGGAACUACCCAGCAUGCAGUGCUUUGUCAGCGAAGGAAAGAGCUAUUAACGAGACAAAACUUUAUUGGACGUCGCUUCUCUGGUUUGUGUUUUUUUUUAACGCUAAGUAUAUUCCAUAACUAUAUUUGAUAGUGAUUUUAUUUGGCCGCUGUAGUAAUUGUAUGUUGUAUUUCACUGGAAGUAGCAAUAUCAAUCUGUAAAAGUACUAGGUCUGCAUUAAAUGGAUUCAAUCAGUACUUCUAAAGUAUCAUAAGUAAAAGUACCUGUUUGGCAUUGUGUUUAUUUGUAUUCUGUAAAAUAACUAAAGCUGUUGGAUACAUUUAGUCGCAGUAAAAGUACAAUAACUACCCUUUAGAUAUAGAAAAGGAAGUACAAGUACCUUAAAGUUGUACUUGGAGCAGUUAAGAUGUAAAGGAAUGUGACCAGAAAGAAGGUGAAAAGCUUUUCACUCCUCCCAGUUUACCCAGCAUGCCUAGAGUCUCCAUGCCCAGUUUACCCAGCAUGCCUAGAGUCAGCAUGCCCAGUUUACCCAGCAUGCCUAGAGUCAGCAUG